AUGAGCGGCGAGAUUGAUGCCGUCUACAUAUAUGACGAGCUAAACGUCCCUCUCGUCGAACAUGUAUAUCGUUCCCGCCCGCCCUCGGCCUCCGCCAUCCUGCCCCUCUACCUCGCCCAUGCCGCUCCACGCCCUUCCUUGCUAUACUUUCCAAGCACUUCGCCCCCGGUAACGGUCUUUUCAACCGUCGAGGCGAAUCUGUUGUUUCUUGCAAUAAGCGAAGUCGAUACAGAGCCGCUCCUGGCGCUGGAGUUCCUGCACCGCGUGAUCGACGUGCUCGAGGACUUUGUUGGCGCACCGCUCCUAUCAACCAAGAUCCAAGCCAACUAUGACGUCGUGGCGCAGCUUCUCAAUGAGAUGUGCGAUGGGGGUACGGUCUGCAAUACCGAACCCAAUGCAUUGCAGGAGGUUGUCGAGGUUCCUGGGUGGAUGGGGAAGCUGUUAGGUGGAAUCGGAGUGCCUAGUACAUCUACGGCAACGUUAGGAUCUGCUAAUCCUUUGAAGCAAUCACUCGCCGCCGCCAAAGUAUCACAAGGGCCAGCCAUUCCUUGGCGACGGCCAGGUGUACGCCAUACUUCUAAUGAGCUAUAUGUCGACAUCAUUGAAUCUCUUUCGGUGACGAUGGCUCCUUCGGGGCGGUUACUGUCUGCAUUGGUGUCAGGGACUAUUGCGUUUACUGCGAAGAUAUCCGGAGUCCCGGACCUGCUACUCUCGUUAUCGGCACCGGGUGGCCAGCAUGCGCUAGCCCGCAAGAUCGAACUACCGAUGUUUCAUCCAUGUGUUCGACUGACUCGAUGGAAGGAACGGCCGGGGGAGCUCAGUUUCAUACCACCUGACGGGAGGUUUAUAUUGGCUGGGUAUGAAGUGGAUCUCCUGCCCAUAGAUCCCGAUCUAGAUGAGUCCCCAAGCCAUAUGGAAAAGGUCUUUUUACCCGCCAUUGUGGAUAUUCGCAAAUCACUGGGGCCGACUGGCUCCGAAUUCGAGGUGCGACUGACGUUGAAUACAAAUUUCCCGGGCCAAAGCUCAUCGUCGCGGCCUGGAGCUACACGGAGUGGAUCUGGCACAUCAACGCCGUCAUUCUUAGGUGGUGGUGGAAGCUCUGGGCCUGUACUCGAAGAGGUUGUCGUCAGUGUACCGAUCUCUAAGUCUAUCCGCCAUAUCACGGACAUGCAGGCCAGCCGCGGUGACGCUCAAUUCGCACCGGCAAGCGGGCUCCUUGAGUGGCGCAUUCCGACCGGAAAGGAUGCUGGAUCAUUGUCUGGUACUGCAACACUGCGCUGCACUGUAUCGGGCUACCCAUCAGUCGACGACGACUUGGACGAGAGCUUCGACGACGCCGAUGAAGACGCCAAUGCCAACCUCCUGCAAGGCUAUUACGAGGAACCUACCUCCUACAACGAUGCAUCCGCGAGCACAUCGAAGAAAAGCCGAUCCUCCGACCCAUCCAAGCGCAAAAAGAAAAAGAAGAAGUCAACAAAGAAAUCAUCUCGCUCCGCUGCCCUGCAAUCCGAGGAGGUAGAAGAAGAUCCCGUCGCAACUACCAUCUCAUCUUCGCAUCACUCCAAACCUCAAGCGACCCCACCUGCCCCCCAAACUCAAUCUAAUGCCCACCUCCCCUCAUUCUUCUCCCCCUCAUCAACAUCCCGCCCCGCACGCAGAACCAGAGCCCAGGUCAACGCAAGCUUGAUGCCCAACUCGGCAUCAGUAUCCUUCUCCGUGCGAGGCUGGCUCCCCUCCGGUAUCAAAGUGGACAGUCUUAAUAUCGAUCAGCGCCGCAGUCGCGGGCUGGGCGAGAGCGUCAAGCCGUACAAGGGCGUCAAAUAUCUGUGCGUAAGCAACCGCGGCGUGGAACGGCGCUGCUGA